AUGGCACCUACAGUCGACAAAGAAAAUGUACACAACGGUGCCAACACCGUACCAAUGAAGUCACCUAUGAAGAAUACCGUAUUGGCGACAAGAAAUGGUAAUUUGAACGAAGAAAUGGAGGUGGAGAAAGUGGAAGAAACCUUGGAUUUCGAUCCCCAAAAGGAGCCCCUACUGCGGGAGAAUCCCCGUCGCUUUGUUAUUUUCCCCAUUCAAUACCCUGAUAUUUGGGAGAUGUACAAAAAGGCCGAAGCUUCUUUCUGGACCGUGGAGGAAGUUGAUCUAUCAAAGGAUCUGUCAGACUGGGAAACCUUAAAGGACAGCGAGAGACAUUUCAUCAAGCAUGUACUGGCAUUCUUUGCUGCAUCUGACGGUAUUGUCAAUGAAAAUCUUGUUGAGAGAUUCUCGCAAGAAGUGCAAGUGACGGAGGCAAGGUGUUUCUACGGAUUCCAAAUAGCCAUGGAGAAUGUGCACUCAGAGAUGUACUCAUUGCUCAUCGACACAUAUAUCAGAGACUCCAAGGAGAGGGAUUUCCUGUUCAACGCCAUUGAGACUUUGCCAUGUGUGAAGAAGAAAGCAGACUGGGCGCUGCAGUGGAUCGCGAGCAAGACCGCCACCUUUGGCGAGAGGAUCGUGGCUUUUGCCGCCGUCGAAGGCAUUUUCUUCUCUGGCAGCUUUGCCUCCAUAUUCUGGCUGAAGAAGCGUGGACUCAUGCCUGGACUUACCUUCAGCAAUGAGUUGAUCUCUAGAGAUGAGGGUUUGCACACCGAUUUCGCAUGCCUGAUGUUCCGGCACCUGGUGCAAAAGCCGAGCAAGGCGUGCGUGCUAAACAUCAUUAAGGAUGCAGUGCUGAUCGAGCAGGAGUUCCUCACCGACGCGCUGCCCGUGCGCCUGCUCGGCAUGAACUGUGACCUCAUGUCACAGUACAUCGAGUUCGUAGCCGACAGACUACUCGUCGAUCUCAUCGGGGAGAAGCAUUACAAUACAAAGAAUCCAUUUGACUUUAUGAAUCUCAUCUCGCUGGAGGGUAAAACUAAUUUCUUCGAGAAGAAAGUGGGCGAAUACCAAAAAUGCGGCGUGAUGGCCAACCGCCUGGACAACGUGUUCACACUGGAUGCUGAUUUCUAAAUAAGCUACUUCAUCACGUAUCUGACUACAGACUGACAGUAUUAUUGAUUCCAAUCUAUUAAGAGAGAUGACGCGUGUCGUUUGUGCUGUUUAAUUAUAAUAGGAAUAUUUCUUUCUACCAGUGGAACUGGUACUUCAUAGUAGAUUAUUCUACUUACUAAUGAAAUAGUUUUGUCAGUUUUGCAAAAUAUGCUAAAAUUAAAUGAUGUAUCUAUUAAGUAUCAUUAAUGUUAUUGUAUUGAUUUAUAUGCACAAUAGAUUAAAUAUUAAGGAAUAUAUCUGACAGUUCACACUUAAUUAUGUUAAGUUAAUUAUAAGGUGAUCAUUGAGCAAAUGAUUGGUUGUGUGAUAAUAAAUGUUAAUAUAGUGUAAUAUAAAACUAUUUGAAUAAAUAUUUUUUUUAAUUGUAA